UGGUGACCCGAACGGCUGCCGAGGAAUUCCUUGAAAUGGACGGUAUUUCCCAUGCGCAGUGAAGUACUUCAAAAGGUUCUGUUCAGUCUGUAUUAUUAUACAUCAAGACACACAUGAGUCACGUAAAAUUAUCCUUUUUACACCAUUUUUGCAAUGCAAUUGCACAGGAUACACACAGUAGCUCUAUAGCUGACAAUGGUGGUGCACCCAGAGAC